GGGCUUGUUAGUUCAGUCUCAUUUACUCAAUUACUCCCUCUCUGGCUCUCAGCUCUCUUUCACUCUAAACCUAAAAACUCUACACAAACUCUUCCUCCACUGUCGCUGCCGCACUCCCGCCCCACGCCACCGCAGGCUGCUGCUCCAUCACAGGCGCCUUCCGCCGCUGCUGCCUGGUGCUUUGACGUUAUCGGUACUGCUGUGGGUUGCUCGAAGCCUAGAUUCGAACACAGUCGAACUCGAAGAGUCGAAGGUUUUCAAACCCUAAUCCCUAAAAAUGGAAAUUUUUGAUUUUGUUUAAGAUUGUGAUAGAAUUAACUAUUCAAUACCUCAAGCUGAAGGAAUAUGCUACCUUUGGAGAGAAUAUAAGCUGCUGAGUAACUUGUCUACCUCUAGUGAGAAAUUGACACCUUAUUUCUAAUAACAAGGAUCUUGAACAGACACUAGUUCUGUUGUAUUUGGGUGUUUACUUUUCCCGAGGGGGGGUCGAAGAGCAUCGGAACACAAUGCGUUCGGUGCUCACUAUAUUUCCUAUUGUCCCUUCCAUUCUGUUGGCUACUUCUUUGCAUAGUUUUUUAUGUUCCCAUCGUUUGAAACAUCUUGAAAAAAGUGAUCGGCGUGGUAAUCUUAGUUAACAUUAGGCUUAUUCUGUGAUUCACUAUUUUGUCCACUUUUGUCUUCCUUUCCUUGUGUUUUUGGUUUCCCCCUGUUUCUUGCUGAAAUCUUAGAGAUAAAUCGGGAUUACUCACUGGGAGGUGUUUGAUCUGCAUUUUCAUCGUUACAAUAGUCUUAGAAGAUUUUUUCUACUUCUAUUUUAGGCCAAUUCUGUGUUUUCUUUGCUAUACGAACUUUGUGUUUUCAGUUCCCUGGCUCUUAUUCCGAUGGACAUUGUUCAUGUUGACGGUAGUGCUACAGAUGAACAGUCUUUUGCCGUGAAGAAGCAGCAUGCUUGCCGUGUUACUGGAAUUGAAACUAUAGAGGAACUUCAAAAUGCACUUCAUGAUACUCUAGCAGUGAAUAAUGAGAACCUGGAAAUCAGCAGCAAGCUACCUUCAGAUUAUGGCAGUAGCAGUCUGGAGGAUGAAAGCACAGGAUCAGGUGACAGUAACCUAGAUCCGGAAGGCUCUAAUGCAUCAUCUUGUAAGUGCUUGCACAAGAGCGCUACUUUCCCUAUUGCGGUUAAAGAGGAAAAUGCACCUGAAUCUCAGCCAGAAAAUAAGUCUUGUACGCGCUCUCAGUCUCUUCCGACUGCAAACAAGCUCGUCUCUGCUAUGAAAGGUGGCCGAGAGAAGGAAGGUGUUUCUCCUAGGAAGCUGAGUGUAUCUUGGGCACCUGAUGUGUAUGAUCCUGUACCAACUUCCUUAUCUCACUAUCCAAAGAAAAAGUCUCGGCUUCAGUUAAAGAGCAACAAGAAACAUGGAAAGAGCAAGCAGAAGAGUAAGAAUGCACGUGGGGGAGCAAGUGCAUCGAAAGAUAAGAAACAACACCGCAACAUGGGCGGAAAUUCUGAUAAGUGUUUGGACUCCUUUUCGGAUGCCAAUAGGGUACCACCAUCAAACAAGUUUGCUGCUUUCACUCUGUUGGAUUUUGAUGAUGGUAUUGAAAUCGGUAGCCCUAAUUCCAGCUGCGCGAGCAACUUUCUGGAACAAUCUGAUGGUACCAUGCAUUGUGUUUGCUGAGCUGAUGCUAUGUAAGCCGGUCAAGUGGUUUUACCAGGAUUUUGCUACCGAGUUUGGCAUUUUCUACUGCUGUAGAUAAAUAAGGAGUUGAGACAUUUUCUGAGGCUUUUCUAUGGUAUUUGUUUAGCUACUAAGCUGUUUUGCUCUCUUUAAAAGGCACUUCUUGAUUGAAGUAGUGAACUGUGUGCGUUGGUUGACAAUUAAAAAUGGGGUAGUUAAUAUUAUCCAGGUUAAGCUACGUCAAUAUAAUGUGUGAUGUGUUGUGUUGUGUUAGUACAUGCAAAAACAAAUAUCAUGUAUUGUUUUAGAUUUCUGCAGCCGUCUUAUAUUUAAAAUAUGGAGACUGGUGGAGAAGCUUUGCUAUCCUACUCUGGUUUUAUGGUCUUU